ACCUCUACAAAACUCCAUCCCAUUCCCCAUCCCUUUCUCCAUCCCUAACUAAUUUCCUCUCCAAAAAAAUGCUUCUCAAACUCCAUGUCAUCCUCCUCCUCCUCCUUUUCUUCACCAUCUCCACCUCCUCCACCAUCACCACCACCAAAUCCAAAAAAAAGAUAACCACAUCCAUUCCCAUAUCUUCCGGUCGUAUUCUCCUCCAGUCCUCCACCUACAUCCUCCAAACUUCUCUUGGCUCUCCACCUCAACCCCUUCUUCUCUCCCUUUCCACCACCUCUUCUUUCUCUUGGAUCCCUUGCUCCUCUUCCUCCUCCCCAUCCUUCUCUCCCUCAUCCUCCACCACCUUCCUCCCUCUCCUUUGUAACUCUCCUUCCUGCCCUCUUCUCUCCACCUCUUCCUGCCCUUCUCCAUCCUCCCCAUGCUCCUCCUUCUCCCAAGACACUAUCUCCCUUUCCUCUUCCCUCAUCUUUCCAAACUUCACCUUCUCCUGCAUCACAACCUCCACUUCUCCUUCUCAAGGCCUUCUUUCCCUUUCUUUAUCACCAUCCUCUUUCAUCUCCCAAACUAACUCCAUCUUUUCCUCCACUUUCUCUUACUGUCUUCCCUUCUUCCUUUCCACCAACUUCUCUGGCUCUCUACUUCUUGGACCUUCUUCUCAACCUAAACACUUGAAAACCAUGCCAUUGCUCAUCAACCCUCGCCGCCCUUCAUUCUACUACGUCAACUUGACCGGUAUUCGUCUCGGCCGCAAACUCAUCCCUGUCCAUUCCUUUGACCCUUCUUCCGGCGCCGGCACUGUCCUUGACCCUGGCUCCAUGUACACUCGUCUCUCCGCCCCGGACUACGCCGCCGUCCGUGAUGCUUUCAGGGAAUACGUGAACGGAACGGUGACAUCGCUUGGUGGCUUUGACACGUGCUACGACGGACCGGUGAAUCCGCCGGUGGUGACCUUAGUGUUUGAUCGGUUGCAGGUGAAGUUACCGCCGGAGAAUGUCAUGAUACAUAGUAGUUCCGGGAGCUUGUCUUGCUUGGCCAUGUAUGGCGCGGCGGAGAAUGAUACCUCUGGACUCAACAUCAUCGGAAGCAUGCAACAUCAGAACCAUAGAAUUUUGUUUGAUGUGCCCAAUCGUAGGGUUGGGAUUGCUCGUGAAAUUUGCACUGUUUCUUAGAGAUUAUUAUUAUUAUUAUUAUUAUUAUUAUUAUUAUUAUUAUGUGUGUGUUUUGUUUUUGUUGCAAGGGCGUUGUACGUGAUCUUAAUUAAUCUUUUGCAUGGGAAGUGGGAUUUAGAUUAAACUUUUAUGGGAAUAAUAAAAUGAUGCUUUUGGUGGUUAAGA